UCCUUCUUUCUCUUAAUUAAUAAUACAACACACACUGCCGUGUUUACAGUAACAGUGUAGAGUACAAUAAAUACAACUCAACUAACCAAAAUUACCAAAUGAAGUAAGAAAAUGAUGAGGGACAGAGAAUCAUCUGAUGAAGAAGAUGAUAGAGAGAACCUGAUCCAGCAACUAAAUGACCAUCCUAAAUCUCCACUUCGCUCCACAUUCCAAAUCGACGACCUAAAAGACCGAUUUGCCCUUGGUCAUCGCUUCAAUUUCACUUCCGGUAAAAGGUAUUUCCUAGCAAUUAUUCUCCCAGUCUUAGUACUCAUUCUAUAUUUCACUACAGACAUCAAAAACCUAUUUCAAACCACUGUUACCAGCAUUAAAUACGAUGGUUCAGUUAAUACCAUGCGCGAGUCUGAAUUACGCGCUCUUUAUCUGCUUAGAAAACAACAAUUAGGGCUUUUUAAGCUGUGGAAUCACACUUUGGUUAAUGAUACUUCUAGUACAGAUUUGCUAAGUCAGAUUUCACUAAAUAAACAAAUUCAACAAGUUCUAUUGUCAUCUCAUGAAUUAGGUAACUUGUUGAUUGAAUCGGAUAAUUCGACAGAUCCUAGUUUAGGUAGGUGUAGGAAGGUGGAUCGUGAUUUGUCGAAGAGGAAAACUGUUGAGUGGAAACCGAGAUCGGAUAAGUACUUGUUUGCGAUUUGUGUUUCCGGUCAAAUGUCAAACCAUUUGAUCUGUUUGGAAAAGCAUAUGUUCUUCGCAGCUCUGCUUAACCGCGUUUUGGUUAUUCCGAGCUCAAAAGUUGACUUUGAGUUUAAGCGAGUGUUGGAUGUUGAGCAUAUAAAUAAAUGCUUGGGGAGAGAAGUGAUUGUUACGUAUGAGGAAUUUGCCGAAAGACGAAAGAGCCAUUUGCACAUAGAUAGAGUUAUUUGUUAUUUCUCUCAACCACAACCUUGUUUUAUGGAUGAAGAACGUGUUAAGAAGUUGAAGUCAUUAGGGGUUUCUACGAAUAAGCUUGAAACUGCUUGGGAUGAAGAUGUGAAGAAGCCAAAGAAAAGGACUGUCCAAGACGUGGUCGCAAAGUUUUCUACGGAUGAUGAUGUUAUUGCAAUAGGUGAUGUGUUCUUUGCUGAUGUGGAGAAGGACUGGGUGAUGCAGCCUGGAGGCCCCAUUUCCCACAAAUGCAAGACACUCAUUGAGCCAAGUCGUCUUAUUAUGCUUACUGCCCAACGUUUCGUCCAGACAUUCUUGGGAGACAACUUUAUCGCUCUUCAUUUCCGCAGACAUGGUUUUCUGAAAUUCUGCAAUGCCAAAAAGCCAAGUUGCUUCUACCCUGUUCCUCAAGCUGCAGACUGUAUCAAUCGUGUGAUUGAGAGGGCCAAUUCUCCAGUAAUAUAUCUUUCCACAGAUGCUGCAGAAAGUGAAACUGGUUUACUUCAGUCACUAGUUGUAUUCAAUGGGAAGACAGUACCCCUUGUUAAAAGGCCCGCUCGAAAUUCAGCUGAAAAAUGGGAUGCUUUAUUGUACAGACAUGGCCUUGAGGGAGAUUCUCAGGUGGAAGCUAUGCUGGACAAAACAAUUUGUGCUAUGGCUAGUGUUUUUAUUGGAUCAUCAGGGUCUACUUUUACCGAUGAUAUUUUGCGGCUACGGAAGGACUGGGGAUCUGCAUCUCUUUGUGAUGAGUAUCUAUGCCAGGGUGAACUGCCAAACUUCAUCGCAGAUGAUGAGUGAAACAGAAAAUGGCUGAGCAUAUCUUGUCUUGUACACCGCAAGCUCAUUCUGCUACUUAACUCCCAACCUGGUAGGACAUAGAGGCUUUUCGAAACAAGUUACUAUGCCUGUAGCAAUUUCUCUACGUACAGGCAAAUCAAAAACUGCGAUGGAGUAAGAGUGAUAUCUGUUGUUCUAUUGUUUGUUCCAUACUUCUAUUCUCGAUUCUUUAGCAUAGAUGGCCUAUUGGGCCGAUUCUUUUGAUCUGUAUUCUAGUGUAUUAUAUUCUUCUUAGCAGAGAGACAAUGUUUUAUCCUGUUUUAACUUGUCUUGCCAGUAGUUUUAGUGCUUGUAGUUGUAGGUUCGCAUAUUGGCACAUACACCUCAAUAGUUGAAUAUUUUCAGGAUGAAAGAUAACUGCACUUUUUUCUCUA